AUGAAAUUCUUCUUCACUAUACGACGGUAUUCGACCCCGUCGUCUGCCAUUCGCUGGUUCUAUGCCACAGAUGUCCCUGUUUCCAAGCCCAGAGGUUUCAAUUACAAGCAAACCGUACGGCCCAAGAAAUUCAUCCCGUUUGCUAGGACCGACUCUGAUAAUCUGGAGGCAGCAUUCCGUGCCUGGAAAAACGGUGGAAGUUCUAAGGAGGUGGCGGUGAAUGAGGACCAAUUGUUCGACUGCAACCUGGAGAAGAUGAUCAUGCGGCCGGCCUAUUGGGAGGGUCCUGCUUACGAGAUACGCAGAGGACUCUGGUUCCUAGACAAUAUGCCGCUUCCGGCGCCAAUUGCGGACCAGUUGGAGCAGAAGUACACGGAACUGGGCCCGUUCAACGAGCCCCGGGCUUCCGACGAGCCCGUGACGGCGGCAAUCGUGUCGGAGGUGAGUUUGUACGAGCAAGAAGGGAAGAAGUGGCCGUUCGAAGAGGCGACCGAUUUCGAGAAAGAGGACAAGAUCGCCGUGUUCAAGGACCACAAAACGGCGUUCAUGAUCUCCAAAGACUCGAAAGUCGGCAAGCUCCAGAUCAAAAACUUCUACAAGCUGCCGGCACAGCAGGUCCUGGGCGCAGACACGGUCACUAGGGGGUACGAGAAAGCUGAGGCGAAGAAAACAGAGGAGGGCUCUGAGGAAAAGAUGGACGAAGAGAAAGACCUGCUGACGUCGUGGAUGAAGAGCUGGACGGGCCAGGCCAGCAACGAGCGGUUCCAGAAAGACAUGGAGGCAGAUUACACGAACCCGAAUUUCAUAGCCAAUUCCGGCGACCGAGAGGUGGACCAUCUGAUCUUGUGCAUCCACGGCAUCGGGCAAACGCUGAGCUACCGGUUCACGUCGAUCAACUUCGCCCACGACUGCAACAACAUGAGAAGACAGUUCAAGCAGCUCUUCACCCAUAAUCCCAAAUACGUGAAGAUGGCCUACUCUGAAGAUGAAAUUGCGCGGCACAAAAAUGACGGAAAACUUAGCAACUGCAAGGUGCAGGUGCUGCCGAUCAUCUGGCGGUCCGACGUGGACUUCUCGCUAGAUAAGGUGUUCGACGAAUACGAGCCGGACGGACAUGCGCGGCUGCCCACGCUGAACCAGAUCAAUAUCGAUGCAAUCACACCACUGCGGCAUCUAGCAGCAGACGUGGUUAUGGACAUUUUGCUUUUUUACGAGCCCCGUUUCAAGCAGCAGAUUCUGUCCAGCGUCGUCAAAUACGCCAAUGCCAUCUACGACAAGUAUGUGGAGCGCCAUCCGCAGUUCGAUGGCAAGAUAUCCCUGCUUGGUCACUCGCUAGGCUCUGCCAUCUGUCUGGACAUUCUGUGCUCCCAGCCAGACUCUCCUGAGUACAUCGACCCUGAAAAGCACCUCAAGUUCCCAGUGGAGAACUUCUUUGGACUCGGCUCGCCGAACGGCGUGUUCAAGCUUAUCCAGGGCCACAAUAUCCGGGCCCGCGAUAGCGCAAACCACGAAAACGUGAGCUCUCCGAAAGUCGGCAACUACUACAAUAUAUUCUACCCCACGGACCCGGUGGCAUACAGAGUCGAGCCCCUCGUGCACUCUUUGCUUGCAGGCGUCAAGCCCAAAACUAUUUCUUUUGAGGACGACAGCCUCAACUCGCAGAUCCAGUCUCUUGCCGAACUGCCAAACAACCUGAUCAACAACGAGUACUUGCGUCGUGCUAUCAAUUUUGCAGGACUGGGCGAUGUUGCCCAACUCGGCGAGAAGCAGGAUAAGAUUCUGAAGCCUACCGAGCAAAAAGAAAUCCCCGAUAACGUCAAGAAGCUGCUGGAAGGGCUGAACCGCACGGGACGUGUGGACUACUCGCUGCCGCAGGGCUACUUCGACAUCGACCUGUUCAACGCGGUGGGGUCGCACAUCCAGUACUUUGACGACCGCGACGUGGUUGGAUUUCUGCUCACGCAGCUGUGGCCGUCAAAGAAGCAGUAG